AUGAAGCGCGCCGACCUCUGCCUCAACCUUGUCACGUCCGAUCCAACCACCGUCGGAGCCACUGACCCAGACACGGGUAGACCUCUUUUCUCUAUCGGAGGGCCGAUGGGCGAAGAAGCUCUCAGUGCGCUCCAGACGCUCAAGGAUAGCGAAGGGCGGUCCCCUGUGACGCUGGUUUGGCGGGUUACCAAUAGCCCCUUUGGAGGCGUCAUAGCAGUUGUUAAAGUCGACGUGCCGGAGACGGAGCUUGCGUACGCGUGUGCGAAAUGCGACAAGGAUUAG